AUGACCGUGCUGCAGCAGCCGCAACGUGCACGCGCUUGUGGCCAAGGUGCGAAAUCAUCGGCAGACCGCCGCCCAGUGGAUCCGCCUCCAAUCGUCGAACUCAAGAUCUUCCAAGGUGAGAAAGCCGAGGAGGACAUUACGUUUACCAUGCACGGCAAUUACUUUCUCUUCGCAACGCUGGAAUCAGCCCGCUCAAUGGCCCACGGUCGUGUUCCCCAGGAAAGGCAAACUCCUCCAGUUCUGACCGGCACUCCUGUGGCCGGCAUGGUGUAUUUGGAUCGCCCUUCACCUGCUGGCUACUUCAUUUUCCCGGAUCUUUCUGUGAGACAUGAAGGUCGAUAUCGCCUCAGCUUCAGCCUGUUCGAGGAGCUGAAACAGCCCAAGGACCACGACAAGACUGAGGAUGUCGGCCAGCCCAAUGCCGCAGAUGACAGCUCCCACGUGACCCACCGUUUGGAAGUGAAAUCGGAGCCAUUCCAUGUCUACAGUGCGAAGAAGUUCCCAGGCUUGAGUGAGAGCACCUCGUUGAGCCGUAUGGUUGCCGAGCAGGGUUGUCGUGUUCGUAUCCGACGUGAUGUGCGCAUGAGGAGACGUGACCACAAGUCCGAUGGCAAAGACUGGGAUGACUAUGAAGAAGAAACUGCUGCAGCUCGCGCCAGAGCGUCCAACACUCCGGAUCCUAACGUGUACCCCGUCAUGCAGACAUCACAUGGAUUUAUGGAGCCAGUCCCUCGUCCACGGUCAGCCAGCAAUGCCAGCCACCACUCUGCCGGGACCUCGAUUUCACGCCGUCCUUCGCUGCAAGAGAUGGGCCAGGCUUUCAACCCACCAUCCUCGCACUACGGAACCGCACCGCACACGCCGCAGAAUGGAUAUGCCCAGACCUCGUACGGACCUUCGCCAGGCCAGCAAUACCAGCAGAACCAAUACACUCAACCUCAGGCACCCAUGCAACCGCCACCGCCGCAGUAUCAACACCAGAGCUACGCGGCUCCACCACCAGUGCAACCGCCGGCACAGCAGAACUACUACAGCAACUAUCAACCAGCUCCUGCUCCUGCUGCGAACCAUCGGUACAGCGCACCCAACGGCAGCUAUGAGCCGGUUUCGCAGGCACCGCGUCAAAGCAUCGACUACUCGAACACGGAUUACCGUCGGCAUUCCACUCAGGACACGCCUCCUCCCGUUGCUGCUCCUCAAGUUGGCUACGCUCAGCACGCUCCCCACACGUACCAACCACCCACUUACCCGCAACCACCGUCGCAGCCACCAUCGCAACACUCACAGCACUCGUACUCAUCCAUGCAACCGUACGCCAACCGCCCUGCGCCCCCGGAACCUGUCCAUCCCCCAGCACAAACUACCGGCUCCACUCCAUCUCAGUCCGGUACACGCUGGGAUCUUCCGCCACUCAACACCACCCUGGGAAUCGGCGACAAGAUCGAAGCCUCUUCACCAAGUUCGACGGGUCCACAGAACUCCUACUAUGGCAACGCGCAAACACCUUACGAUACGCACAAGCGUAGCUAUGGCAACGUGUUUAGUGAUAGACACCAGAACGGCCCACUGAGACAAGGCGCACGACCAAACACAUACGGCCAUGCAGAGAGCAUCACAUCAAUCCCAUCCCUAUCUGCUGCUGACGACGAUGACAACACUGGCGGCGAGCUAGACCCCAGCAGCAUGGGCAUGCAAUACCGACGUGCCGAUGGCAGAGAAAUCCAGCGUGCUCUUCCAGGGCACAACGCAUGA